UCUCCCACUCCCAUAAAUACCCAAACCAUUCACUGAUUCACACACUCAAACACACACCAAAGCAAAAAACAAUCAACUUCCUCUCUCUGCCUCUCUCUUCAACUCCAUUUCCCUUUUCUGAUCAUCAAUCAUCAUCAAAUGGCGAAAGACGUGGAAGGGCAAGUCGGGGAGUACCAGCCCAAGGACUACCAAGACCCACCGCCGGCCCCGCUCAUCGACGCCGACGAGCUCACCCAGUGGUCCCUCUACCGCGCCGUCAUCGCCGAGUUCAUCGCCACCCUCCUCUUCCUCUACAUCACCGUCCUCACCGUCAUCGGCUACAAGAGCCAGGUCGACCCCAACAAGCCCGGCGCCGCCGUCGACCCCUGCGGCGGCGUCGGCAUCCUCGGCAUCGCCUGGGCCUUCGGCGGCAUGAUCUUCGUCCUCGUCUACUGCACCGCCGGCAUCUCCGGCGGCCACAUCAACCCCGCCGUCACCUUCGGCCUCUUCCUCGCCAGGAAGGUCUCCCUGGUCCGGGCGGUGCUCUACAUGGCGGCCCAGUGCCUCGGCGCAAUUUGCGGGUGUGGGCUCGUCAAGGCGUUCCAGAAGAGCUACUACACCAGGUACGGCGGCGGGGCGAACGAGCUCGCCGAUGGGUACAACAAGGGCACUGGGCUCGGUGCGGAAAUCAUCGGCACUUUCGUUCUUGUCUACACUGUCUUCUCCGCCACUGAUCCCAAGAGAAACGCCAGAGACUCCCAUGUCCCCGUCCUGGCGCCACUCCCAAUUGGGUUCGCCGUGUUCAUGGUUCACCUGGCUACAAUUCCGGUGACUGGAACCGGGAUCAACCCGGCUAGGAGCUUCGGAGCGGCGGUGAUCUACAACCAGGACAAGGCUUGGGAUGACCAUUGGAUGUUCUGGGUUGGGCCGUUCAUUGGAGCUGCGAUUGCUGCGUUCUACCAUCAAUACAUACUGAGAGCUGGAGCUAUCAAGGCUCUUGGGUCCUUCAGGAGCUCCUCCAACAACUAAGUUUCUCCACGCCAUCACUCGGCGGGAAAAAAUGGGGUUCCAGGUGUAGCUGGGGAGUAAUCUCUCAAUGGAAAAUGUACAUUGGUUGUUGUUGUUGUUGUUGUUGUAUCAGUCAAGUAUGGUCGUCGAGACAUCAAUUUGGGUUUAGCUUCUUCCUCCGAGUGCUUUUUUUCUUUCUUUCUGGGCCAUCUUGUUUUAAUCUGUGUGGCCGAAAUGAACUUGUGAUUUCCUGCAGCAAUAUGCUUGUUUGCUUUUUCCUUCGUCCUUCUCUUCCAAUGAUAAUAAAAAUGUAUAAGUGUGUUGCUGUC